AUGGCGGUGGCCCUGGAUGCAAUCCUCGCUCGGAUCAAAGAUGUUUGUAAAAGGAAUGGUUUGCUCAUCCUCUCGGUGCUGUCCGUCACCAUCGGCUGCCUCCUGGGAUUCUUCCUGAGGACAAGGCGACUCUCCCAGCAGGAAAUUAGUUACUUCCAGUUUCCUGGUGAAUUACUGAUGAGGAUGCUGAAAAUGCUGAUUCUCCCUCUGGUUGUCUCAAGCUUGAUGUCUGGGCUCGCAGCCCUGGAUGCCAAGACUUCCAGUCGCUUGGGAAUCAUAACCGUCACUUAUUACCUGUGGACAACGUUUGUGGCUGUGGUUGUGGGAAUAAUUAUGGUCUCCAUUAUCCACCCUGGAGGAGCAGCACAGAAGGAGAGCACUGAGGAGGGUGGAAAGCCCAUCAUGAGCUCUGCAGACGCACUGCUGGACUUAAUCCGGAACAUGUUUCCAGCCAAUCUUGUUGAGGCCACAUUCAAGCAGUAUCGCACCAGGAGUAUUCCCAUCAUUAAAUCGAACAAAGCAUCAUCUGAAAGCACUACUCGUCGCAUCAUAAUCUACGGAGUCCAGGAUGAGAACGGAUCCAAUGUCCAGAACUUUGCCUUGGAUAUCACCCCCCCUCCUGAAGUGAUUUACAAAUCAGAGCCAGGGGCUAGUGAUGGCAUGAAUGUACUUGGGAUUGUGAUAUUUUCGGCCACGAUGGGUAUAAUGUUGGGAAGAAUGGGGAACAGCGGCGUCCCUUUGGUCAGCUUUUGCCAGUGUUUGAAUGAAUCUGUCAUGAAGAUAGUGGCAGUUGCUGUUUGGUAUUUUCCAUUUGGAAUUGUGUUCCUAAUAGCUGGCAAAAUCUUGGAAAUGGAUGACCCCUCGGCCAUUGGGAAGAAGCUGGGUUUCUAUGCCAUUACGGUGGUGUGUGGCCUGGUGGUGCACGGGCUCUUUAUUCUGCCAAUGAUGUACUUCUUCAUCACCAAGAAGAAUCCCAUUGUCUUCAUCAGGGGGAUCCUUCAAGCCUUGCUCAUUGCUCUGGCCACAUCCUCCAGCUCAGCCACUCUGCCUAUCACUUUCAAGUGCUUGCUGGAGAACAACCACGUGGACAGGAGGAUCGCGCGGUUCGUGCUGCCCGUGGGAGCCACCAUCAACAUGGACGGGACGGCGCUGUACGAGGCCGUGGCUGCCAUCUUCAUCGCCCAAGUGAACAACUACGAGCUGGACUUUGGGCAGAUCAUUACCAUAAGUAUCACAGCAACAGCUGCCAGCAUAGGUGCUGCAGGCAUCCCACAAGCUGGCCUGGUGACAAUGGUCAUUGUUCUCACCUCGGUGGGGCUCCCUACAGACGACAUCACACUGAUCAUUGCUGUCGACUGGGCACUAGACAGGUUUAGAACAAUGAUCAACGUCCUGGGGGACGCGCUGGCCGCUGGGAUCAUGGCCCACAUCUGCCGGAAGGAGUUUAUCAAGGAUGGUGACGAGGUGCCAUUGAUCUGUGAAACUAAGCCUGUUAACAUCCAUCAGAUUGUGGCUUACCAGAGAAAUGGCUGUGUGAAGACCAUGAACGAAUCUCGUGGACCAGAAACAGUGAAAGGUUUGCAGCACCAUAUACCCAUACAAGUGGAGCAAGAAGAAACUCCAGUGGAGAAUCACACUAAGAAAUCCAACAGUAAAGACCACUGCACUAUUGAAAUAAAUGAACUAGAAACAAAUGUGUGA